AUGUAUGCUCUCCAAGAAGAAGAAGAUGUUGAUAACCCAUCAAUAAUUCAAGGUAUGUUAAUCCUUAUGAAUUCUUGGGUUAAAGUAUUAUUUGAUUCUGGAGCUUCAUAUUCUUUUAUAUCCACUGCAUGUGUGACAAGUUUAGGUCUAGAGCCAGAGAUACUAGGGAUAGCUAUGAGUAUCGCUUCACCCUUAGGAGCUCAAACCCAAGUAAAUCUAGUAUGUAAAUCUUGCGAGCUACAAAUCUCCGGUUCACAUUUGAUCUGUGAUCUAAGACUUAUGGAUAUGUCUGAUUUUGACGUCAUCCUAGGAAUGGACUGGUUGUCAGUUCAUCGAGCCAUUAUUGAUUGUUACUGUAAGACAGUGACAGCAUCCUCCCUUAACGGCAUGAAAGUUCAAUUUAAAGUGGAUAGACAAGAUUCUCUAACUCCAACGUGUCGCAAGUCGCGAUGGCAUGAUCAACUAACUGGAUGGUUGGCGAGCCUAAUUUUGGAAGACAAAAAUCGAGAGGAUCCAGGAUUACCCCAUGUGGUGUGCGAAUACGUUGAUGUUUUCCCUGAUGAAUUAUCGGGAUUACCCCCAAAACGAGACGUAAAUUUCACGAUUGAGCUUCAACCUGGGACUUCGCUGAUUUCAAUAGCACCACAUCGUAUGGCGCUAGCUGAACUUCGAGAAUUGAAGGAGCAGUUGCAAGAUCUCUUGAAUAAAAGGUUCAUCAGACCAAUAUUCAUUGACGAUAUUUUGAUAUACUCACGAUCAGAGGAAGACCAUGAGCAACAUCUGAGAACCGUUUUGCAAAUUCUAAGAGAAAGCCAAUUGUAUGCUAAAGCUAGCAAAUGUGAAUUUUGGCUGAAGGAAGUAAAGUUCUUAGGUCAUGUUGUGUCUGAAUCAGGGAUAUCAGUGGAUCCUGCUAAAGUAGAAGCAGAUUUCUCCAAAUUAGCCAAGCCGAUGACACGCCUAACGCAAAAAGGAGUAAAGUUUGAAUGGAACGAAGCGUGUGAGCAGUCAUUUCAAGAACUCAAGAAGAGACUGACAAGCGCUCCCAUAUUAAUCAUACCCGAACACGACGUUGGGUACACUGUUUACUGUGAUGCCUCUAAAGAAGGGUUAGGCAGUGUGUUAAUGCAAAACGGGAAGGUGGUGGCUUACGGAUCAAGACAAUUGAAGAAUCAUGAGAAAAAUUAUCCUACUCACGAUCUGGAGUUGGCAGCUGUGGUCAUACACUUAAGACUUGGCGACAUUACCUUUAUGGCGAAAAAUUUGAGAUAUUUACAGAUCACAAAAGCUUGA